AUGUGCUCCCGCCAAGAAAAGGACCAGUGCCACAAGCAGGAGCGCUACACCCGCCAGACCAGCGGCGGCUGCCACGGGAGCGGCGGUGGCUGUCACAGCUCCGGCGGCGGUGGCUGUCACAGCUCCGGCGGCGGUGGCUGCCACAGCUCCGGCGGUGGUGGUGGCUGUCACAGCUCCGGUGGCGGCGGUGGCUGCCACAGCUCCGGUGGUGGUGGCUGCCACAGCUCCGGUGGUGGCGGCUGCCACGGGAAGCCACAGGUGCAGUGCCAACAGCAGCAGCAGCAGCAGCAGGUCCACCAGCUGCCCUCACAGAAGAUGAAGUGA